CUCACCAAAGCAUUGAAACAGCGAAGGUUCACCGCUGCAGCUCCCCAUAGGCCAAACCAAACCAAACGAACAGUGGCGAGUUGUGAGCAAGCAACGAUGAAGCGCAAUCCAUCCGUCGAUUCCGAGGAUGGAUCUACCCUGUAUGUCCAGGGGGAGCAGCAUCAGGAGCAACAGCAACAGCAACAGCAACAACAGGCCAUCGAGCAACGCCAGCCGCAGCACCGGGUUUUCGAUUCCUCGAAACUCAUCCACAUGAUCGACAAGAAAUCGAACAAGAACCAGGCCUGGUUUCAGAACCAGCAGCCGUCCGUGAAUGGCGGCACCGAUCCCCUGUCCCAAACCGGCAACGAAGCCUUUAUCGAAUCGCAGGUCCUGCGACUGACGAACGACUGCAGGCUCUUCCAGGAACCACGGCGGGAAGKAUCAAGCGACGCCGAUGGGGGUGCGWUAGCCCACAGCGGCAGCCCGGCGCUCUUUCACCGCCACGAAAUCCAAACCUCGUGGAACAUGCUGGGCAACGGAGCCUUUUCGGAGGUGUACACGAUCCAAAAGUUUUACCUGCAAGACAAGGGCUUUGUCGACCCCGAGCAACGGGCGGCGAGGGAACGGCUCCAGAACAACUGCAUCGAGGGGAGGCCGGAACCUUCCGGGAUAGAGGAACRCGUGCAGUGCCUGCAGCUGGAGGGGAACUUUCAAUUCCACCAGUGYCAGUCCACCCAGCCGUACAAYUACGUCAUCAAGCACCUGAGGCGGGACCUGAUGGCGGACCGCAAACGAUUCAUACACGCCGCCGGAGACCUGGUCAUGGAAGCCAUGUACCUGACCAAAUUUAACCACCCGAACAUCAUCAAGCUCCGGGGCUGUGCCGUGGGGGGCUCGAGCGCGUACGGGAACGGGAAACACGACGGCUUUUUCCUGAUACUGGACCGAUUGAACACGACGCUGUCGCAACAAAUCCAGGAAUGGAGGUAUCAGGCCGGACCCGAGCAGCAAAAGAUGAUGUAUUCGAACCGAACGAUAGACUUCCGAGAGAAACUGGAGAUUGCCCGCCAGAUCGCUUCCGCCCUGGAGUACCUGCACGGGAGAGACAUUGUGUACAGGGAUCUGAAGCCGGACAACGUCGGGCUCCUGUACAGCGGCCCGACCGGAAAACUCCUGGUGCAGCUCUUUGAUUUCGGCCUGUGCCGGGAGGUUCCCGAGGCGUCCCCCCCGGAGGACAAGGUCUUCCACAUGUCCGGCGUAGGCACGCGCCGCUACAUGUCGCCGGAGGUGUACCUCGGGCAGUACUACAACUUCAAGGCCGACGUGUAUUCGUGGGCGAUCGUCCUCCACUCCAUGAUCACCCUGCAGAGGCCCUUUGAGAUGUACGACGCCCAGCUGCACAAGCUGCUCGUCUGCACAGAGGGGAUCCGACCCACGAUCCACCGCCAGUGGCCGCGGUCGAUUCAGGAACUCCUGGGCAGAGGAUGGGCCCCUAACUCGAGCGACCGGCCGACGAUUAGGGAGGUCUGCGCAUUCGUGGACGACAUUUUGAAAGACGCCGACGUUCCGUGCUGCAGCGACGACGACGAGGAAGAAAGUGCUUCCUCUCGGYAUGUUCGAACGUCGGCCACCUGCUGUAGCUACGAUCCCUAUCCGGAUCCGUCUCCGGACGAACCCAAGGAAGACGAGGAUCCGAAACCAAUGCCGUCCCGAACCUCCACCAUCGAGGCCUCGAUUGCCAACUUUAUGGAAGAAUGGACGCAGCUCUUGUGCACCGGUCCUACCGACGUGGAAUGCAACGAYGCCAAGAAACAGCCAACGAAGAAGAGCCUGCUGCGGACCCUUGAGGCCCACCUGAUGGCCGAUGCCGCGGGAACCCCGCUGCUGACGAUGCAAAACAGAUACAACAACCCGUCRAAUCGAUACAAGCCGGGGGACGGAGAUUACCCRCACCUGAAGCGUCUGCGAUCGAGUUAUCUCUAGGUUCUGCGACAACCAAGAGCACWCUGGGACGAAACACAUGRACGGGAUGCCGCUUGCAACUACAAGAAUGUAUCAUUAUCGAGACAGUAAGAUUUAUAAAAGUACAGGGAAAGAAGUUAUAAAAAUGAAAGUAGAUA